CAGGUGAACACACAGUGUUCUUCCCCUCAGGAGGACACAGCUUUUGAGGUACCAUCUUGGAAGCAGAGACCAGCCCUUGCUAGACACAAACUUCCUGGCACUUUGAGUUUGGACUUCGUAGCCUCCAGAACUGACAGGCUGCGGAUUGGAAGCGGGGGCGGUGCGCACAGGCCUGGAGUGGCGUGCUGGGCGUGCGCGGCAGCGGUAUGAAGUGUUGGUCCCAGCGGUUCAGCUGAGGUUCGGACGUGCUGUAGGCCGGAAUGUUACCGACUGUUGGAUCUGUGGAUGAGGAAGAGGAUCCUGCGGAGGAGGAUUGUCCUGAAUUGAUUCCCAUUGAGACGAAGCAAAGCGAGGAGGAGGAAAAGUCUGGUCUCGGCGCUAAGAUCCCAGUCACAAUUAUCACCGGGUAUUUAGGUGCUGGGAAGACAACACUUCUGAACUAUAUUUUGACAGAGCAACAUAGUAAAAGAGUAGCAGUCAUUUUAAAUGAAUUUGGGGAAGGAAGUGCGCUGGAGAAAUCCUUAGCUGUCAGCCAAGGUGGAGAGCUCUAUGAAGAGUGGCUGGAACUUCGGAACGGUUGCCUCUGCUGUUCAGUGAAGGACAAUGGCCUUAGAGCUAUUGAGAAUUUGAUGCAGAAGAAGGGGAAAUUUGAUUACAUACUGUUAGAGACCACUGGAUUAGCAGAUCCUGGUGCAGUGGCUUCUAUGUUUUGGGUUGAUGCUGAAUUAGGGAGUGAUAUUUAUCUUGAUGGUAUCAUAACUAUUGUGGAUUCAAAAUAUGGAUUAAAACAUUUAACAGAAGAGAAACCUGAUGGCCUUACCAAUGAAGCUACUAGGCAAGUUGCUUUGGCAGAUAUCAUUCUCAUCAAUAAAACAGACUUGGUUCCAGAAGAAGAUGUAAAGAAAUUAAGAAUGACAAUUAGAUCCAUAAAUGGACUAGGACAAAUCUUAGAAACACAGAGAUCAAGAGUUGAUCUCUCUAAUGUAUUAGAUCUUCAUGCCUUUGAUAGUCUCUCUGGAAUAAGUUUGCAGAAAAAACUUCAGCAUGUGCCAGGAACACAACCUCACCUUGAUCAGAGUAUUGUUACAAUCACAUUUGAAGUACCAGGAAAUGCAAAGGAAGAACAUCUUAAUAUAUUUAUUCAGAAUCUCCUGUGGGAAAAGAAUGUGAGAAACAAGGACAAUCACUGCAUGGAGGUCAUAAGGCUGAAGGGAUUGGUGUCAAUCAAAGACAAACCACAACAAGUGAUUGUCCAGGGUGUCCAUGAGCUCUAUGAUCUGGAGGAGACUCCAGUGAGCUGGAAGGAUGACACUGAGAGAACAAAUCGAUUGGUCCUCAUUGGCAGGAAUUUAGAUAAGGAUAUCCUUAAACAGCUAUUUAUAGCUACUGUGACAGAAACAGAAAAGCGGUGGACAACACAUUUCAAAGAAGAUCAAGUUUGUACAUAACACUAGAAGCACUUAUUAUCAAAAGGAUUGGCUAAUAAAAAUGUUUCUACUGGAUAUAUUUCAAGCAUUUAUUUAUUACUUUAGUUACGAAUUCCAAUAUACUUUAAAAUGGUAUUUUACAGCAUACAUAAAAUGUAGCGAAUCAGUAUUGUAAAACAUUGAACAUUCAUACAAUUAUAUAUAAUACCCUUUUUUUUUUCUUUAAGAAUGACAGUUCACAAAAAUACCUUUUGAAAUUGACUUUGGAGUUUACAUACACUGAACAUGAAAGUUUAUAACAAUGAUGAUAAAACUUUCAACAUUGUCAGUUUUUCUUAGAACUUCAGCUGAUUGCAGAGAUAUAAUGAUUACAUUGUUAUUAAUUUUUUUAAAACAAGUAAAUGUCACCAUUUUAUUACAUGAAAUAAAAGGUUAUGACUAUUA